AUGAGGCGCGGGAGCAGGGGCGAGCCCAUGGACGACCUCGCCGUGGUGGGCCUGACGUUCUUCGCUGCCGUGGCUGACUUCACAGACGACUCCGCCCCGCGCCCGAUGUCAAGGCGGAGAUCGGCCACAUCGAGGCGGAGAUCCUACACCUCUCCUCCUGCCUCCACCGCCUCCGCACUGACAAAGGUGGCAGCGGCGACGCCGCCACGGACACGGGGACUCAGCAUGGGCCCGCUCGACGUCGCCGUUGCUGUCAACCCCAACCCGCUCACCACUGACAAGCAGCAGCAGCCGCGCGACGCGCAGGGCCUCAAGCCAAUCAAGCAGGCCCCGGCGGCGGCGCGGGUCAAGCCCAUCUCCAACAAGCUCGGUGCCGUUCGAGAGGAAGGCCAGCGUUCCAAGCAGCAUGCCGUCCCCGCCAGACCGUGGCCAUCCAACAGUGCCAGGCACACACUGGAUGCUAGGCAAGGCACCGCAGCAAGCAAAGCCAAGGCGAGGAGCGAGAGCAUGAUCCCGAGCCGAAGGACCUGCUCGUUGCCGGCCUCACGCCCGAAGCCUCCGAGACGUACCGAGCGCGCGGCUUGUACGCCGACCACGCCGCGGGCAGCGCUCAGCACCGGUGGCUCCGCGCGCGACCUGGCAACGGUCGACCGGCGGCGGGCGACAUUCGUGGUAGUGCUGGUGCACGCGCCCUGGUACAGCAGCAACGACGCGCACCACUGGGACGGCGAUGCCAUGCACGACUGCCCCGACACGGGAUGCCUCGUCGACCUCAACGAAUGCUGCCCAGACGAGCUCCGCGCUCGCUCGCAGCGGCCUGCACGCGAGCGGCCGCUGGAGGAGUUCGCCGCCGCCGUGGUCCGUGGAGGGCACGUCCAGGCCUGUGGAGCUCCCUGUUCGUGCCUGUGGAGUUGGUGGAGUGCUGACACCUCCGAGCGAGGCCGCGUCCUUCGCGCGCACCAACCUGCAGGCCGCCAGUCCUCGCGAGCAGGCCGCGUCGAGACUGGCAAGCCGCAGGCGAGCGCCCUCCUCACGUGCAGGCCGCCGCCGGCGAGCGCGGCCUCUCCGCCUCCCGCAGUCGGAAGUCGUGCGUGGCGCACUCUGCGGCGUCGAUGGUCGAGAAGAAGAAGAACGUCGCACGCGAACAGCAGGCUGCCAGGACGCCUCCUACGCCGGACCCCACCGCCGCGUCGAAGAAGUCCGCGAGCCGCGCCGCUGCAGUGCGGCCUCCAGGCGCACCAGCGCGGCGCAGGGCCAUCGUCUAUGGAGAGGACGCACACCUCUCCCUUGCUGGCGGCCCCCGUGGGGGCCGGAGACGGAGCGACGGCGCUCAAUCGCUCAUCCGCGGCGGCCUGCGUGCGAGCGAUGGCGGACUCGGUCGGAGGAGAUGGGGACUCGACGUCCAUGGCCGUGGCCGUGGGGAAGCGGGUGCUCGACACGGGCUGGCUCGCCGCGCGUUCCACCGAGGUCGCGCUCAUCACCGGCGUCCAGCUCACCACCACGCACCCGCCGGCAGCCGACCCCGCCCCCGCCGCGCCCUGGAUGAGCGCCGCCGUCCCCGGCACCGUGCUGGGGACGCUGCUCAAGAACAACCUGAUCCCCGACCCCUUCUACGGGCUGAACAACCAGGCCAUCGUCGACAUCGCCGACGCCGGGAGGGAGUACUACACCUUUUGGUUCUUCACCACGUUCAAGUGUGCCCCGACAGCAAAUCAGCACGUGACUUUAAACUUCCGGGGAAUAAACUACUCAGCCGAAAUGUACUUAAAUGGGCAUGAGGAGGUACUACCAAAAGGAAUGUUCCGAAGGCACACCAUUGAUAUUACUGAUAUUCUCCAUCCUGAUGGUAACAAUCUGCUUGCUGUCCUUGUUCAUCCUCCUGAUCACCCUGGCAAAAUUCCUGCUCAGGGGGGCCAGGGUGGUGAUCAUGAGAUUGGAAAAGAUGUUGCUACACAAUAUGUUGAAGGAUGGGAUUGGAUGUGCCCAAUAAGAGAUCGAAAUACUGGUAUCUGGGAUGAGGUAUCAAUUUCCAUAUCUGGGCCUGUGAAUAUAACAGACCCCCAUCUGGUUUCAACUUUUCAUGAUGAUUUUAAGAGGUCAUACCUACAUUGUACACUUCAGUUGGAGAACAAAAGUUCUUGGAUUGCAGAUUGUACCUUGAAAAUACAGGUUUCAACUGAACUUGAAGGGAACAUUUGUUUGGUGGAACACCUUCAAAGUUAUGCAAUAACAGUCCCUCCUCAAUCAGAUAUAGAGUACACCAUUCCUUCUUUAUUCUUCUAUAAGCCCAACCUGUGGUGGCCAAAUGGCAUGGGAAAGCAAUCCCUAUACAACGUUGAGAUUAGUGUGGAUGUCAAAGGGUUCGGAGAAUCUGAUUCCUGGAGCCAUUAUUUUGGAUUUCGCAAGAUUGAGAGUACAAUUGAUGAUUCUACUGGUGGGAGGAUCUUCAAGGUAAAUGGUGAACCUAUUUUUAUCCGAGGAGGGAACUGGAUAUUGUCAGAUGGCCUUCUUAGAUUGACAAAGAAGCGAUAUAUGACCGACAUCAAGUUCCACGCUGACAUGAACUUCAAUAUGCUUAGAUGUUGGGGUGGUGGAUUAGCAGAGAGGCCUGAUUUUUAUCAUUUUUGCGAUGUCUAUGGUCUGAUGGUAUGGCAAGAAUUUUGGAUAACUGGAGAUGUUGAUGGCCGAGGAGUUCCAGUAUCUAACCCUAAUGGCCCUUUGGAUCAUGAUCUCUUUCUUUUGUGUGCUAGAGAUACCGUGAAAUUACUUAGGAAUCAUGCCAGUCUAGCUUUAUGGGUUGGUGGUAAUGAGCAAGUCCCACCAGUUGACAUUAACAAAGCACUGAAGAAUGAUUUGAAGCUACAUCCAAUGUUUGUAAGUUACCAGACAUCAAAAAAUGAAGAAAAAUAUUUAUCUGAAGAAUCAACUGACCCUAGUAAAUACCUUGAUGGUUCUCGGGUGUAUGUGCAAGGAUCAAUGUGGGAUGGUUUUGCGAAUGGUAAAGGUGACUUCACUGAUGGUCCAUAUGAGAUUCAGUAUCCAGAAAGUUUUUUCAAGGACAGCUUCUACAAAUAUGGGUUCAACCCUGAAGUUGGGUCUGUGGGGGUUCCAGUUGCUGCAACAAUUAGGGCUACAAUGCCUCCAGUAGGAUGGAGCAUUCCAGUUUUCAAGAAAAGAAUUGACGGGUACAUCGAAGAAGUACCAAAUCCAAUAUGGGACUACCACAAGUAUAUUCCAUACUCAAAACCAGGGAAGGUCCAUGAUCAGAUUGAACUAUAUGGACCUCCAAAAGACCUGGAUGAUUUUUGUGAAAAGGCACAGUUGGUGAACUAUGUUCAGUACAGAGCACUUUUGGAAGGAUGGACUUCCUUCAUGUGGACAAAGUUUACAGGUGUUCUAAUUUGGAAGACGCAGAAUCCUUGGACUGGACUAAGGGGCCAGUUCUAUGAUCACCUCCAAGACCAAACUGCUGGGUUUUAUGGUUGCCGUUGUGCUGCUCAACCUAUUCAUGUCCAACUGAAUUUGGUCACCUACUUUGUAGAGGUGGUAAACACUACAGCUGAUGAACUCAAAGAUAUGGCUGUCGAAAUUUCAGUGUGGGAUCUAGAUGGUGCAUGCCCCUAUUACAAAGUUACUGAGAAAAUAGUUGUACCGCCAAAGAAAGUGAAGCAAAUUAUCGAGAUGAAAUACCCAAAGAUGAAAGAUGCCAAGCCUGUGUAUUUUCUGCUCCUCAAACUCUUCAGGUUGUCAGACAAUGGAAUAAUCUCCAGAAACUUCUACUGGUUACAUCUUCCUGGGCAGGACUACAAAUUGUUGGAGCAGUAUCAGCAGAAAAAUAUUCCACUAAAAAUUUAUUCUGACAUUUCAGUUUCAGGCACGAUGCACAAAGUAAGAAUGACAGUAGAGAACAACUCAAAGACGUCAGUAGCAGAAGGCACACGUUCGUUAUCAGCAAUGGAUCUAGGUGAUGCAAGUGGUUCCCGCAGCACUGGCAAAGAAACUACUCGGAAGGGAAACGAGAGUGAUGGACUAUGGAGGAAAAUACGCAAUGGCCUCGGGGUCGCAAGACCAAGUGACAAUCGAAGAACACUGGAGGUCAACGGGACCGAUUCAGGGGUUGCAUUCUUCCUCCAUUUCUCAGUGCAUACCUCUGAACCAUCAACAGCUAAGGAGGAAUACAAUGACACAAGAAUCCUUCCGGUCCACUACUCAGACAACUACUUCUCGCUGACGCCGGGGGAGAAGAUGGCCAUCGACAUCUCGUUCGAGGCUCCCCAGGGGUCCAGUCCCAAAGUCGUCCUCAGAGGCUGGAACCAUCAUCUGAACCACACCGUGAUGAUCUGA